GCCAGCUGUUUAAUCUGGUACUUGCAAACCGGACGAAAGUGUAAACAAAAACUGUAGCAUUUCGCAUCUUUUAAGCUUGAGGUUUUUGCAAGCCAAAAAGAAAAAAUCCCUGCAAAAUGGAUUACGAUUUUAAGAUGAAAACCCAAAAAGAGCGCACAAAAGUUGAAGAUCUCUUCAACUAUGAAGGCUGUAAGGUCGGACGUGGUACAUACGGCCAUGUCUACAAAGCCAAAUGGAAAGAGACAUCGGAUGGCAAGGAAUACGCCCUGAAACAAAUUGAUGGCACCGGUCUCUCAAUGUCGGCAUGCCGUGAAAUUGCCUUGCUACGCGAAUUAAAACAUCAAAAUGUAAUCACCUUGAUACGUGUCUUCUUGUCCCACACUGAUCGUAAGGUGUUUCUGUUGAUCGACUAUGCCGAGCAUGAUUUAUGGCAUAUCAUUAAAUUCCAUCGAGCCGCCAAGGCAGCCAAGAAGCAAGUUGUCGUGCCAAGAGGUAUGGUGAAAAGUUUGCUCUAUCAAAUAUUCGAUGGUAUUCACUAUUUGCACAGCAAUUGGGUGCUGCAUCGGGAUUUGAAACCGGCUAAUAUUUUGGUCAUGGGUGAUGGUCCCGAAAGAGGCCGGGUGAAAAUUGCAGAUAUGGGAUUUGCACGACUUUUCAAUGCUCCCCUGAAACCGUUGGCCGAUUUGGAUCCAGUGGUAGUAACAUUCUGGUAUCGUGCUCCAGAGCUCUUGCUGGGCGCGAGACAUUAUACCAAGGCCAUUGAUAUCUGGGCUAUUGGUUGUAUCUUUGCAGAAUUGUUAACAUCUGAACCAAUAUUCCAUUGUCGCCAAGAGGACAUAAAGACCAGCAAUCCCUAUCAUCACGAUCAAUUGGAUCGCAUAUUCAAUGUUAUGGGUUUCCCCCAGGAUAAAGAUUGGGAAGAUAUCAAGAAAAUGCCCGAACAUCAUACGCUGACCAAAGAUUUUAAACGUUCCUCCUAUUCCACUUGUUCCUUGGCAAAAUAUAUGGAUCGUCAUAAAAUAAAACCAGAUAGCAAGGCAUUUCAUCUUCUACAGAAAUUGUUGCUAAUGGAUCCCAAUAAGCGCAUAACAUCGGAACAGGCGAUGCAAGAUGCAUAUUUCCAAGAGGAACCAUUGCCCACACAAGAUGUCUUUGCUGGAUGUCCGAUACCAUAUCCUAAAAGAGAAUUUUUAACAGAUGAUGAUCAGGAGGAUAAAUCGGAUACGAAACGCCAACAGCAACAAGCUGCGGCCCAACAACAACAACAGCAGCAGCAACAACAGGCCCAACAGCAGCAGCAGCAAUCACAACUGCAAGCCCAAGCUCAGGCUCAGCAACAACAACAACAGCAGCAGGCUCAACAGCAGCAGCAACAACAACAGCAACAUAGUCAUGAACCCAAUUCCAAGAGAGUGCGUCUUUCGGGUCCCGGCGGUGGUCCACAACCCAAUCAACAGGUACAUCCGGGACAACAACAGCAACAGGAUUUCCAUCAACAACAAGUUGCAGCUGCUGCAGCCGCUCAACAGCAACAACAACAGCAGCAACAGGUGCAGGCGCAGCAGAUGAUGUUCAAUCAGCAACAACAGAAUUUCCAGCAACGUUUUUAAUUUGUAGUUUAUUCUUUUUCUACUAUAUUGCAUAGGUAUUACACUAUUACUUUUGUACUUCAUUAUAACUAUUUUAAAAAUUUCGAAUGCAUUUGCACGUAAACAAGUUUGUGCAUACAUAUUAUCAUAUCAAGCUAUCAUACCAACUAUCUGGGAAUACAAAUUUGUUUAAAGCUUCUUUAAAAUAUAUUUUUAAUACAUGUCAAAGCCAAUAAAUGUUCGAACACUUGAUAUGAAUUGUGUGUGCAGCGUGCUUAGUUUAGUUUGUAAGUAAUAAAAACUCUAUCUACCGAAAGGAGCAAAAAUAAAUGAAAAAUACUUAGUAUUCAGUAUUCCAAAAA